AUGCAUCUCAGCCUACCAUUCCUUUUCCUCACCUCCAUCCUCCCUCUCAUUUCCGCCGACUUCCUAGUCGCCAACGCCACAGCCUGCACCGGCGCCUUUCCCAUCAACACCUGCACCCACGGCGUUAAAGUCCUCUCCGGCACAAACAAUGCCACAGAAUACACCUGCGACCACCUCAUCCGCGCUCAAGACAACAAUUACCUCAGCGGCGGCACAGCUGGUCCGCAUGGCAUGAACGUCGUGGCGAAGCAGGGCAUUUGCGACUCCGGAAGGUUGGAGUUUGUGAAGGACGGCGUGGGCUAUGAAGUCAGGGAUGCGAGUGGUGGGCAUUUAGGCGACUGUACCUUGACGGAUCAAUGGAAUCGGUCGUGCGAUAUGUGGAUUGGGGUGACGUACUUUGAGUCGAUGUACUAUUGUACGAGCGGUGUGUGCGGGUGA